AUGCACGCUCGGGAAAUGCCGGCGUCCAUGACGACGGAAGUCCCUGCUGACGACCAGGACGACGCGUACUUGGCCCAGCGCCAGUCCACGAUGGACUCAACUACGCUUGGAAAGUUGCUAAUGGCUGAGAAGAAUUUAGCACAAGCCGGCCAAGCCACAACGAACGUAUGGAAACUCAUUGGCAAGCUACCAAGCGAAGAGAGCGAGUCUCCACCACCUGCUCCGACCGCAAACCUAUCUGGUAGUCAUUCCAUGCCUUUACGUCAAAAUCUUAGGUCCAUAAUUCACUUUUCUGCUUCUCAAGGAGCUGACUCUAGUCCUAUACGUCACACAAGGACACCUUCUCGACGGAAAAUAUCAAUACAGGGCUCAGACGACUUUGUCGCCGGCAGAUACAAGUCAACGGGACCCCCAAGUCCCUACGGUGGCAAUAAGUGGGCUGCAACAGCUCCGUCAGGCAGCAGAACGGAUUUGACUUUUGACAUGACCGACGCAACAAGUGUAGAGGCCCGUUUAAGCCCAAGAUACAACAUGGAGAUCCCACGUCCGGACAUGGCAGUAGGACGCAGCUCGCUUGGUAGUUACGGUCACAGCAACAGCUUUUUUGAACGACCUGGACACUCUGGCACUUCCGGAGCGCGACCGACCGACAUGUUGAGCGAUCCUAGCAAUUUUUUAGUGGAAAACGGUCGCAGUCGAUCUACACAUAGCAGUAAUGUUUUUGGCUUUAGUCGCAAUGCUGCACCAUCGUCGGAAGUGACGCGGUUUACGUUUACCGUCAAGAAAAGCGAUAGUGUUUUGGAAAAACUUGGUAGUAAACGUGCAAGCAUUCAACUGCAGGUGGACGUAGAUGAACGAAUGCUUUAUUUUCUAUCUGCACAUGACCAGCGCGAAGAGUACAGUUGUGCAGCUGUUACAGCCAAGCCACAGUCGAGACUUGGGAUGCAACUAAAGAUCCAAACGGGAAAUGCUAGUGUGAACAAAAAGAUUACGUUUUAUAGUACAGAAGACAGGGCAAAUUUUGUUCAGGCAUUAGAGCAGGGCAAGGUGAUGCUCAACAAAAAGACGUCUACGGCAGCCACACCGUCUCGUAUACCCUCUGAGCCAGCUGACGAGGCAAUGACAACGGUCUCUAGCACGGUCGAACGCUCCAAACUCCGGGACUCACUCAUAAGCGAUCACUUUCAGUUGCUUCCAGGAGAGUCGGUCUUGGAACAUGUGCAGCGUGUAACAAAUUUAGUCGUGAUGUCUCAGAGUGACCGUGCAGUACAAGGCGUGCUGAAGAUCACAUCGUAUCGUAUCACAUUUGUUCCCUACGACGCGUCAUGGAAGUUUGGCUCGUUUGAGUUACCACUUGCAGCCAUCGACGUCAUAACACGGGACGGGCUCAUGUUGCUUAUUUCGUGCAAAGAUUUGCGUACUUUGCGACUCGCUAUGCACGACGCGUACUCUCGCAAGAAAGGAUACGACCAGCUGCCAUCUACUCCAGACUUUCGCUGGCUUAAUUUGCUUACGUUGCGAAUGAAGCCCCCAAAUAUGAUUGGUGCUUUGUUUGCAUUUGAUUACCACACGGAAAAGGCCAAAUUACGUGGCUGUCCAAUUUCCGAAAAGCACAAUGGAUGGUUUGUGUACUCGCCUUUUGCUGAAUACCAGCGUCUUGGCUUUCUGUCAGCCAAAAAACAAACGGAAGACGAUGGAGCCAUCACGUGGCGCCUUCUAAAGAAUUCCAAGUUUCGAUUCAGUCCCACAUAUCCCCAGCUGAUGGUUGUACCGUCUAUCAUGUCGGAGGAACAGCUUGUGCAGUCGGCUCGCUUUCGAUCCCGCGCACGCUUACCAGUUGUCGUGUGGCGCCAUCCCGUGAACAAGAGCGUUUUGUCUCGCUCAAGUCAGCCGAAUUACGGCAUGGCAGGCAAUCGAUCCGAGCCAGAUCGGAUACUUUUACGCGCGUACCGUGACUCAGCUAACAAGAAUAGCUCCAACAUGGCACCUCCUCUUCACAUAAUUGAUGCCCGGAAGCCCAUUGCUACAAAAGGAAAUCGAUUAAAAGGAAAAGGUGUGGAAAAUUCACAGCAUUACGACAACGCGACCAUUGAGUUCAUGGGAAUCGCCAAUAUCCACAAAAUGCGCGAGUCGCUAGAUGCUUUGAAAUCUCUUGUUAGCCCAAGCAGCGUUGAAGAUGGAGACAAACAUUAUCACAAUCGUCUUGAAAACACUCGAUGGCUCAAGCACGUUAUGCGCGUGCUAUCAGGUGCCCGUAGGGUUGCAGAGGUGCUACAUGAAGAUGGCGCGUCAGUCUUAGUACAUUGCAGUGAUGGCUGGGACCGCACGCCACAGCUUGUAGCGUUGGCACAACUCAUUCUCGACCCAUUUUACCGUUCUAUCCGUGGAUUCGCCAGCCUUGUAGAGAAGGAGUGGUGUUCCUUUGGACAUAAGUUUGCAGAUCGAAUUGGCGUGGGAAAGGAUAUAACUGACCAGCCAAACGAACGAUCACCUGUCAUGUUGCAAUUUCUAGAUUGUGUAUGGCAAAUGACGCGACAAUUUCCGGCGUGUUUCGAGUUUAACGAAAAGUUUCUACUUCACAUCUCAGACUCUCUCAUUUCUGGUCUAUACGGUACAUUCUUAUACAAUUCGGAGCGAGAGCGCGUGUUAGAUAAAGUAUGGGAGCGCACUGAAUCGGUAUGGACGCCAGUGUUGGAGAAUCCAACACCAUAUAAAAAUCCUCUUUACCGUCCAACAAAUCGGGUGCUCUACCCUCGCGCAAAUCUGAAACGUGUUGUUUUGUGGGAUGGUAUGUUUUUCCGGUGGGAUCCAGAAAGUCAUCCCGACUAUAUGGAGUUUAUGGACCCUGUAGAGAAGCCUGACGAUGACACUUCAAACCGCGGCUCUGAUGAAGAUGGAAGUCCUCGCGAUACUUGCGUCAUGGACGCCCCUUCUGUAAUGCCCAUUGGUGGCAAUCUGGACGAAGACAAGGUGGAGUUACAAAUCGACGUGAUUCACGAUUACGAUGAGCUUCGGACAAAAACGCUGUCGGAUUGCUCAGACAUGAGCGACGACGACGACGACUCGGAAGAAUCGGCAAGUGUGACAGCACGUUACGAUGGCUUGUCGCCACUUACAGCAGAUGAGCUCAAUAUGACAAUGCCAGCAAGUAGUGACGUCGAUUUAGUGGCAGAAAAUCGAUUCGCUAUUGACGCCAGCGUCGUCGAUCGAUAUCAUCGUGGGGUGGAGGAGCGCACUCGCCAGCGCGCACAGGGUCGCAACAUUCGCGAAGCUUUGUUGUUGGCUCCUGAUCAAAGUCGCAUAAAAUAUUUGGAGCAAUUACUAAGCGAGAGUGUCGCACGAGAACUGCAGCUAGAAGCAGAGUUGGAUUCCGUUGUGCAUCGUGCUGCAAGGGGUCCAAGCAGUGCUUCAAAUGGUAACGCCACUGUGCCAAGUGAUGGCAGUGUAAAUGACGGAUCAGCUCACUCGCAGUCAGUUGAUCGCUAG